AUGCGGCCAGUGGUGCGUCGGCUGGCGCUGGGCGCCGUGGUGGGACUGCUGACGAUGCUGGUGGUGGUGUCGCUGAACAGCCACCCGCACUCACCGCUGAAGCUGCCCGCCGUCUGGCAGGCGCUCCUACCGACCGCCGAGCCGUGGCCAGGCUGUCCGCGUGGCCGCUUUGUCACAAUGGACCCGACCGGUCGUCUGGGCAACAAGCUGUGUCAGUACUCGUCGUUCUGGGCGCUGCAGCGCCGCGAAGUAAGCGCCCGGCCCGCCUGGACGCUGCCGGAGAUGCACAGCGAGUUGUCGGCCCUGUUCAGUGGCCUGCAGCUGCCGGUGUUGCCAGAGGCCUGCGCCCGCCAGCAGGAGAACUUCUUGAGCAUCAGCUACUUCCACUACGGCGAGAGCGGCACGGGACUGUCGGACGGGCCCCUCCUCCUGCUCGACCACCCGUGCUCGUUGACCGAAUUCCACCCGUACCGGCGCGAGCUGCUGCAGCAGCUGCGCUGGCGGCCCGAGGUGCGGUCCAUGUACAACGGCAGCCUAGUGGGCGAUGUGUACCUCCGUCGUGCGCUCGAGCUGUGUCGGCAACGCUACCACCGGCCCGUGUUCGUCGUGUCGAGCGACGACCUGGCCUGGUGCGGCCGUCAUCUGGCAGCUGCCGACGUGGUGUUGGCCGGCUCGACGGGCGCCGGCGCGGCUGGCCGCGACAUGGCGCUGCUCGCCCAGUGCAACCACACGGUCAUGACGCACGGCACGUACGGCUUCUUCGCUGCCUUUUUGGCCGGCGGCGACGUGGUGGUACCGGUGGGCUUCGGUACCAUGGAGGACUACCUCACCAGUAUGAUGCGAAGUACCGGUUUUAACCUCACCACCGUGCCAGUCGAGUGA